GUCCGCGUGUUUAUUGAUGCUCUCAGUUUGGACACGCCAACAGUCAAAAUUUUAAAUGGGUUAGUGAAAAAAAUCUGAUACUUUCCGGAGAUCUCUCACUCACAUCUCCAUUUUACGCCUGAAUCUUGCACCUGUCAAACAUGUCCUCGAGCCCUGCACCGACAGACUUCCCAUCAUCCCUCACGGUGCAGGACAGACUCACAUCCGACUGACCGGGUCAGACUGGACCUGCGGGGUUUGAUGUGGUUUAACGGCUAGAUAAUCUCGCUUUGCCCCAUUUGGAGACAGAAAAAGCGCGCUGAUUACGCGCAGCACGCGCCGACAGUAUCUAGGGUCCAGAUUGCUUUUUUUGUGCGGGGGGGUAGACCCCCACUUCUUCUCCAUCUUCCAUUUUUUUCAACUGUGCAAUUUCCUUUUCAAUCAGGACGGGUCUACAGCUUGCACAAGCGCGACCAUUGUGAUGCAAAGCAGGACACCCUCCGCUCGCCAUUAAUUAUGUAUGCGUAAAAUGACGGAUUCAUAUGUCCGGAGUUAACUGUCACGCCAGCGCACAUGCUGCAGGGCCACGGUGGUUUCAAAUCUGUCCCUCUUAUUGUUGAUGUUUAGUUAUUUGUCCGCUGAGGUCGAAUUUCAGCUCGCUUUCGUGUGCGUAAAAGCCGGAAUGCAGAUCUGAUCUCGGGGAAGUUUGUUUCCCCGGAAAGUCUUUGAGUGUCUUAAACAUUCUGAAGGUUUUGAAUGGAAGCGGUUAAAGUCUGGAGCUGCUUUCACUGACAUUUGCUUGAAAUGAUGUUGAGCAUUCGUACUUUAUUUCCCUAUUAUGCGCAUUUUAUCCCCUUGAAGUUUCUUCUUCUACCUUCCAUUUUUCUGUAUUGUUAUUUUGGGCCGUUAUGUGGACGGAUAUGCCCCCUUUGUGGCCAAACCAGAGCCCCCACCACCCCCAGAAAGAGACACAUAAAGCCGAGGCACGUGUAGAUUUCUAUACAAACUCAUCAGACCGUAAAAGCAGGAGACUCCUGGCGUGUGCCCGGGUCGAGACGAGGAGGAGGGAGAGUGAGUGUGUGUGUGUGUGUGGUGGGGGAAAUACAAUAAAACCCUCAGGUACAUCUGCUUUGCAAUCUGCAAAUCCGCCCUCCUCCUCCUAGCUUCCAUCAGCCUCUCCAUCCUCCCACACCCACUCCCCAAAUCCACAGGGGACCUCGGCUCCUUCUGAUUGGUCGGGGAUGAGGCAACGAGGGGGGGACGGGAACAAUGUCAUCAUGUCGCCUUAAAAAGAGUGCAGCUAUGUUGUGGUGAAAGCACCUCGGGAGGAGAACACGGGAUCAAUAGCAGGAGGAAACAAACAAACAGAGAGAAAAAAGACGCAUCAGAUGGUUUGAUUUUGUGCGCGAGCGGCUGAAAGUGCUUUUCUUCUUCCCGCAGCGCCCAAAGUGCCUUCAGCUCCCCGCAAACAUGCCCAGAGGAUUCCUGGUAAAAAGGAACAAGAAAACCAACCCGGUGUCCUACCGGGUCCGCUCUGAGGACGAAGAAACGGAGCAAACGGCGGCAGAUGCUCCGCCGCUGCUGCCGCCCUCCUCCUCCUCCUCUUCAGCGCCUCUUGUCUCCAUCCCGGUGCGCGCGCGGACGCCUACGCCCACCUGCGGGGCGGCGGCCACGGCUCCGGAGCCGGAUGCUAAGCCCGUGCAGUUUGGGAACCCGGAGGCGGUGUAUCAGGCCCUGUACAGCCCCACCCGCCCCGUCAGCCACGAGCACGAACGCUCCUACUCCGAGGCCCGCUUCAGCCUCGGCUCGCCGGUUUCCGCGGAGUCUUUCCCCACACCGGCAGCCAUCACCGCCCUGGAUCACCUCUUCGCCCCGGUGGACCUGAAGAUCGGCUCCAGCAACAGCAGCCGCCCCGAGAGCAGCUCGUCAUCCGCCGGGACGCUCCCCGCCGUUGCAACCGGCGGCUCCAAGCGCUGCGCCAACGACGCCGAGCGCAAAGGCAAGCCGCCGUCCAAGAAAACCAAAGCCAUCCGCAAACUGCACUUUGAGGAUGAUGUCACUACGUCUCCGGUUCUCGGGCUGAAGAUUAAAGAGGCACCGGUGGACCAGAAACCUCCCCGAGCGCCACCGGCCGGAGGAGACCACGUCCCGCUGGGGGAGUUUGUGUGCCAGCUGUGCCGGGAGGCGUACGCAGACCCGUUCGCUUUGGCGCAGCACAAAUGCUCCAGGAUAGUCCGGGUUGAGUAUCGGUGUCCCGAGUGUGACAAGGUGUUCAGCUGCCCAGCCAACCUCGCCUCCCAUCGGCGCUGGCACAAACCGAAGCCACAAAAUACGCCGAGCGACAAGGUGUCCGCGUCGAAGACGGCCUCGGAUGAAGCAAAGGAUUCUAGUGACAGGGACACACCCAGCCCCGAGCCGUCCGAGUCUGGUUCAGAGGACGGACUGUACGACUGCAGUCAGUGCGGGAAGAGGUUUAAGCGCCAAGCCUACCUGCGGAAACACCUGGCGUCGCAGCACGGGUCCCCAAAAGCGGCGGAGGAAGAGGACACGGCGGCCUGCGAGCAGAGCGCGGCGCCGCUCAACCUGAGCGCCUCCUGCUGCCACCUGUGCCCCGUGUGUGGGGAGAACUUCACCAGCAGAGGCAGCCAGGAGCGGCACAUCCGCCUGCUGCAUUCCUCACAGGUGUACUCGUGCAAAUACUGCCCCGCAGUCUUCUACAGCUCCCCGGGACUCACGAGGCACAUCAACAAAUGCCACCCGUCCGAGAACCGGCAGGUGAUCCUGCUGCAGAUGCCGCUCCGCCCCGCCUGCUGAUCCCGGACUGUGGACUGGCACACACCGGGAAUCAAGAGUCCACCCGCGUGUUUCUUUUUGUUUUUAGGAGGAUUUCAGAGUUCCACUGAAAAACUAAAACAAAAAAAAAAACAUCUGUACACUAAAGCACACUUCCUUAAACUGAGUAACAGAUGUAAAGAGGUUUGUGAGAAGUUGUAACUCUGGGAGUAAUUCUGUUUUACUGUAGCUACAGAUCUCUAAAGGACAAAACCACACCGAAGUCCAAUCUUCCUCAAAGACACGAGAAAAAUUUGCUUAUUUGUGUCUUUUCAAGUAAAAAUUAUCUUCAAAUAAUUCACAUUUUCUGUGGAAAACAGAGAGCCAAGCAUGCCCUCACAUAUCCACUCACACAGCUUGCAAGGUUUCAGUGCCUUGCUCGAGGACACUUCAGCAACAUCUGGGUGUGUGUGUGUUUGAUUCCUCCUGGCCUAUAACCCACACCCACGAAAACCCCAACAUCACUUAAAAUGAUCCUCAAAGCUCUUUUUAAAAUAAAAAAACGUUAGACUGUUAAUUUAUUUUUCUAGCAUCUCUGCACAAGUGCUAUUAGCUCCUAGACCUAAGAGAGGGGAUGACCUGUAGGAUAAAAAGCAGACUUCGCAGGCCUGAACAGACCUUAUCUCAUCACUCUGAUUAGCUUUAACAUAGCUCGUGGAUCUGUGGAUCAGUAGCUGUCGCCUGAAAACAAAAGAGAGUAAAACUAGUGUAGCCGGUAAUGCCUUUGGAUUAGAGACUCCUGCUGUAAAACUGCCUUAAACUGACCUGAUUGUUUUUAUUUAUCACUGGCUGAGCAUAUGAUGAUAAUUAUUUUCUACAAAGCCUUCUGUAUUACCAGUAUACAGUAUAUCUAAUCUUUUUUUCUAUUUAUUUAUGUAUUUAUUAAAUUAUUUGUGUAAGUUACUGCUCUGUGUGGUCGAACCUGUGAUCUGUCGCUGUGUUUUUUCAUCAUGUAGCCAAAUCCUUUUUAUUUCCUUUAACUUAUGUGAGGGCGGCAUGUUCAUGUGGCAUUAUAGCAAUCAGUGAGCCGCUCCUGAAGACAAACCGAAUGCAAUCAUGUUUUAAUUUAUUAUUAUGAUAAUGAUUAUUUAUUUUGGUUUUGUUGUAACCCUUAGCUGUUAUACUGCUUUGGAUGUUUCUGCAGUAUUUUGCUAAAUGUCCAAAAAAAUAAAAAAUAAAGACCAAACUGAGAAACAG